AUGAAACGCGUCCUCGAUGCUGCCUCCUGGGGCAACAGGCUAAAGGCCAUCCUCGCAUCUUCCUGCGUCCCGCAUUACCUGAGCCUUGGCCUUCCCCAAGGUCUCUGGACCCAGAGCAAAUGGCAGGAAUUCGGCGUCGGCGCGUCUAUCAAAGACUACCCUGUCGACAACCCGGGGAACCCCUUUACCGUGCCCAAGUACAGUCGUUUUGCUAUGCUCAGUCAGGAUUCUGGAGGACGUGUGAUCUACGAGGCGGGUCUCGUCGAGAACUCCACGGAUGUGAAUCCUGUAAGCGGAGAGGUCGUGAUCGUGUCCCCAUUUUUCAGCUUUUCGCCGAGCUGCAACCUCAACGCGUCUGUAGUGUAUGCGAACUUUGGAACCGAGGAGGACUUUGGAGAUCUGGCCCGCGCAAACGUCGGCGUCAUUGGGAAAUUGGUUCUUAUCAAGGCCGGCAAGGCACAAGGUCGCCUUCUCGGCGAUAAUUUUCUCAAAACGGGCCUUGCGGGGUAUAUCACCUCUCCGGAUCCCCAGCAGGAUGGCGAAUUUACUGAAGGCAACGGUUAUCUGCCGUACCCAGAUGGCCCGGCUCGAGCUCCAUUAAGUGUCUUUCGGCAGAGUGGACCUCACACCUAUCCGAAUGCAUCAUCCCCCGGUCCAGUGCCAGUACUGCCCAUCUCAUACACAGACGCAAUCCCAAUCUUGCAAGCUCUCAACGACCACGGACCGCGAGCUGACGAAUUAGGAGACUUGUGGAAGGGCGGCCGACUGGGCUACAGUGGUGUCGAAUAUAACGUGGGUCCCACACCGUCCAAUAUUGUCCUGAAUAUGCAUAUCGAAAUGGAAGAGACCCAGGCCAUCGCCUACGACGUGGUCGGCACAAUCAAUGGUAAUAUUGAAGAUGAAGUAGUGAUCAUCGGCAACCACCGCGAUGCAUGGGGUGCUGGCGCUGCAGACCCAAAUAGCGGUUCCGCAAUCCUGAGCGAGCUUGCCACCAAUACUUCACCAAAGCCAGUCCUCUCCUGGGCUCACUAUUCCGUAAAGUCACAUCUCAGAUCCCAUCUCCCAAUCAUACUAUUCCAGGCCAAUCGGUGCUGGACCUCUGGGGUGGCUCGUUGGGGGCCACAGGGCGGCGGUGACGCUUCGAUGUUUGUGCGCCAGUGCAUCACCACAAGUGACUUCGGCUUCGAGCAGGGAGACCACGAUCCUGUGUUCCAUUGGCAUAGCAGCUUCGACACGGUGGCCUGGAUGGACAGAUUUGGAGACCCCGGAUUUCAAUAUCACAUGGCGGCUGCGCGGGUUUGGGCUUUGCUCGCGGCACGGCUGGUAGAAAGUCCCGUGCAUCCGUUCAAUGUGGCCGAGUAUGCAGUCACCCUGCGCCAGUACAUCAGCCUUAUUGAGGAGCAAGCAGAUGAAACUUUGGGGUCUAGGCUCAGUUUUGAAACAUUAUACGAUGAUCUGUCACAUCUCCAUUCUGCCGCUGUGAAGUUUGAUACGCUCGCCGUGGAGCUUCGGGAAUCAGGCAGAAUGGCAUUCGACCACGAAGUGAAAACCGUGAAUGCCAAGUACCGCAUGUUUGAGCGUCAAUUCUACAAUGGAGAGGGCAACGGGGUGCAGCAGAGUGACAAGAGCAUCGUCUUCCAGGAUAGCUCGUACAAGGUCAAUCAGCCUGGGUUUCCGGAGCUGGCAAACAACGUCGAGUCGGGGGGUUUGGAUGAGGCUGAGGAAUGGUUAAACAUUAUCCAAUCCAAGAUAGAGGAUGCAAUCGGCCUUUUGGAGGGGUAGUGGUCGAUUCGACUACUUGACUAAAAAUAAUCUUCAGGAUUUCCAUCUAUUAUUGUACAUCUAGUCAUCGUUAGUCACUAUCGUCAUUAAUAUAAUAUACACCUGCGAGUUUCUGCUAGACCCAUGCCGUCAGACAAGAUAUUUCCCCGGUUUGUAUAUAGGGUCACUAACCACCAUAUCCAAGUUCUUGAUGUAUCAACGUCCGUCUAAGUACCCCGCGUUUUCGACACACCCUCUGUCCCAACAGCCUUGG